UCGGCCAACAGGUUUCAAUGGGUUACCAACAACUGCGCCGUGUUGCUACUGUCGAAGGUGACAUCCGCCUCGUCGGUAUCUACAGAACCUCGGGUAGCCUAGAAUACUUUCAUAAUGACGAAUGGGGCACUGUCUGUCGUGACGACACUGAUUAUUUUGAUGAUUGGAAUGACGUAAACGUUUGGGUCGCUUGCUUCCAGCUGGGAUUCAAGCCAUUUAGUGGAUUUAAAGGAGAAUGGAGCAGUUAUGUUAAUCGGCUUGCUCCUAUACAUUUGAAAAAUGUCGAGUGUUCAGGGAAAGAGACCAGACUACAAUCAUGCCAAGGUGACCUGUCGGAUGUAGGCUGUUCUUACUUCUCAGGUGUAUCGCUAAAUUGCCGACUACCUUCAGAUGGAGAUAUCCGAUUACAAGGUGGUACACUUGCAAUUGAGGGUCGCGUCGAGACAUUCUACAGAGGAAGAUGGGGGUCCGUCUGCGCCUCGAACUGGGGGGCCACUGAAGCUUGGGUUGUUUGCCAGCAGUUGGGGUUUAAACCCCUUACAGGAUUCGUAGUCAGUGGUGCUCGAUACACGUCGGAUCCAGGCCGUAUGCACAUCAACAAUGUCUCCUGUCAAGGACAGGAAUACCACAUUGAUGAAUGCAUCAGCAACAAAGUAUUUGAAUUGGGCAGUUGUGGGGAUGAUGGCUAUGCUGCCGUCUAUUGCCCAUUAGAUCUUCAAGAUGGAGAUGUCCGACUUGUGAACGGUGUUGGUCCAAACGAGGGUCGGGUUGAAAUAUUCUACGGUGGCGGAUGGGGGACUGUAUGUGAUGACAGAUGGGGCGAUGUAGACGCUCAGGUAGUUUGCAGGCAGUUGGGUUAUAGAACAGACGGUGCAGCGGCUACAACGACAGCUUCAUUUGGUCAGGGUUCUGGCACAAUAUAUCUUGAUGACGUCGAAUGCAGUGGAAUUGAAGAUCGGGUGGAAGACUGCAGCCGCAAUGGCUGGGGUGUCCACGACUGUUUUCACUACGAAGACGCGGGAGUUGUGUGCUCUGUUCCCCGGGAAGGCGAUGUUCGACUGACUGGUGGAGCCACCACAAACAAAGGUCGGGUGGAGAUCUACACCAAUAGCCAAUGGGGAUUUGUGUGCAGUCAUUUAUCUUUGAGCUGGACCGAUACUGACGCCGCGGUCGUUUGUCGACAGCUUGGAAUAUACAAGAAUGACAGUGGAGAAGUCAUCAACAGUAUCGCUAACCAGCGUGUAGGUCCAGUACACAUAACUGACCUUAACUGCAACGGCACAGAGGAGAGACUGGACGAGUGCAGAAGCAGCAUCAGCAGCAAUAACGCUACCUACUGUGCAACUAGUGAUGUUGCCAUGGCUCGGUGCAUAAGUCCAAUGGAAGGAGCUGUUCGCCUUGUAGGAGGUUCAAGCCUCGACGAAGGCAGAGUCGAAAUCUUCCAUGAUGACCGCUGGGGUAGAGUUUGCGCAACUAGAAUUUGGAGCGUUGCAGAGGCAAGGGUGGUCUGUAGGCAGCUCGGUUAUACUGGGAAUAAUGCAGUCGUCAGCUAUUCUUUUGGCAUUGGUUCGGGGCCGAUUUACUUGGAUUAUGUCACCUGCUCAUCAUCGGAGGAUCGUCUGGAAGACUGUGAUCAUUUAGGAUUUGGUAAUGUUCUCCAAUCUGCAGGAUUCGAUGCUGGGGUGCAAUGCAAUCCGCCAGCAACUGAACAGCCGUUGGUCUUCACAUUGGACGAAAUUCGAUUGAAUGGGUCGUCGGCGGAAAACGAAGGCCGGCUAGAAGUCUACACACACGGGCGAUGGGGAACAGUGUGCGGAAAUAAUGAAUUUUACGUCCAAGAAAGAAUGGCCGAGGUCGUCUGCAGGCAAUUGGGAUUCUCCGAUCAGGAACCCGAAGUCAUUGGCAGUGCUUUCUACGGCAGUGGUUCAGGUCCGGUAUGGUUGAGACGCAUUUAUUGUGACGGGACUGAGUCCGACCUGAACAGCUGUAUUCUUUACAGCUGGUCCAGCGGUUCCUGCACGAGCAGAGAAGUUGUAGGCAUCAGGUGCCAGACCCGCGCAAGUAAUAACCCUCGAGUCGUUGGGACCAUUGCUUUCGUCGGCGUGUCUCUGUCCCUCCUUGCAGUGGCCAGUUUUGUCGCCGUGUGUCAUACCUGCACGAAUGCCAAGCCCGUGAAAAUAGCAGAGGGGACGCGACAGGGCAAUACCCUUGGCGAGACUAGUCCAACCAACGAAGAACUUGAAGUUACGUCCUCCUUCUAAUUCUUAUCACAUGGUCCUUUAAGGCCACUUCGCACACCUUAUGAUUGGUCUGGGAUCCGAUUUUGAAAUAAAACGUUGUAAUAUUUAAAUAUUGUGACAUGAAAAAUAAAGUUCUAAAUCAUCGUAUGAAUACUUAUGAAAAAAUUUGUGGCUGUGCUACCAUCGUGUUUAUAAUAAAAGCCAAUUGAAUAUCUAGUCGUAAUGACGCCAUAACAAUAGCAAGAUUGACAACGAUUUGAAACAAAUAUUGCCAUCACUCAAAAAUAAAGAUUUUGCAAUCAUCCAAAUAGUUAUAUGAGUAUAAUUAUAGUUAAUUUGAACCUAAUGAAAAGGAUACUUUUCAUAUUUUCAGAAAAUGAGCAAAAUGCUACUUGUUUAAAAAAUCGGAUCAUGGUCCAGCCUUAAGAUGUUCGUAGGCCUUCAGGAGACACCAUGACCACAGUCUACUCCGUUAAUAGGUCGAAUGAAUGAGCAGUAGAAGUUCUCUUUUUUUCUAGCGUGUCUAGUAUUUUGCUAGCUUGUGUUUGAAGCAGUAUGCAUGAAGAACAAAGUUAUUGCUUUAUUGGAAACUUGAAAUGUGUUUGCCUUUAAUUCUGUUCGCACAGCAGUGACUGCUAUUGUGUAAUGAAAGGCAAUUGCCGAAACUUCGGAAUGGCUAAUGGGUACAAUAAA